AUGGCGACAAAUGCAGGGCCUAUGACGGAUGCUGCCGUGCCACGGAUACAGACGAGUGCUGCUUGGAUUGAUGAGGCAGAUACAGCAUCCAUGUCGGUGCCAGCUUCCCCCAUGGUCUCUGAUGCUGAUGAUGAGGCGCCUUUACAGCAAGAGGCGCGAGGCUCGGUGCAAACAACGUUGGCAGAGGGCGAGAGCACGUCACAGCCAGUCGUGCAGUCAGCAGCACAGCCAACCCCCACGAAACACGCGCCAACCCCGUCGGCCUCGAUCAUUUGCGUGCCAGUACCAUCGGCCUCGGGUUCAACCUCCUCUCCGGCGCGAUCGGCUGCAAGCUCAGCCUCGGGUACACUGCGGCGUAAGCGAGUGCCGCUGGCUGCUGAAAGUACAUGUGCCCCUGGGUCUGACGAUCAUGACGAUGGCAACGGCGUCGCUACAAGCCCUGCUCCCUCAACAUCCAAGCGAACGGCAUCGGACGUCACGUGCACAGCUGCUGCUUCUUCAACAGCGGUUCAAGCAGCAGAGUCGCCUCUUCCCGCAGCAAAACGAGCAGCAUCAAGUGAUACGCGCACCGCUACCGUUGUCGCUACUGCUACCACUCGCUCUGAAGCCCCGGUAUCUGCUGCGGCUACGCCACCGAAUCGGCACAACGUCGCCCCAAUAUUUCGGCCGAAAUCGGGGACAAAAAAAAAAUAUCUGAUGAACUACGCGGCGGCUGACAAGUUUAUUGGCGUUCUGAAGUUGAUGGAUGAUUACUGCAUGCGAUGUACCAUUCGACAGGCGAAACCCGUCCUGAAGGCCGGGCAUCAAUGCGUAUCUAAUCGUGGUUGCAAGCGGUGUCACUUCGAAGGACACGAGACAAGACUUAAAAAAUGUUCAGUGCACCUCGCAUACCCCGACAGAGCCUGUUGCUACGCUUGUGGAAUGCCAAGGAAGAUUCGUGGAUGGGAUACAUGGGAUCACCGUUGCAGGCAGUCCCAGGGGCUGAAUUCGGGCCUGAGCUGUAUCCUCCUUUAUUCGGACUGUCAUCAGGGGCUGCGCGACCUGGCCCAGCGGAUGGGCUACAACUUGAAGGAAAUGACAUUGAAGGAUUUCGAUACGCGCGACUUGUUUGUCAAGUGGCUGUACUCGUCCGGUCCUUGUCCAUUUCCAGGGCGUGGGCAUUGGCGUCUUGUGGAAUUUGUGUUUGAAAGUGCGAGGAUCCUGCUCCCCAAUGAGGCGAAAGCCCAAGUCGGCCCCGACAGUUUUCGCUAA